UAUUCAACUGGCACAUAUCGCCACGGCGGUUUAGUGGUGGUCAAUCGAAAAACGAUAAAAAACUGAAACAAAGGACACCGGGUGGACAGUUUGGUUUCACGCGUUUCUUGGGAAAGGUGACAUCUGGUGUCUGCUUGUUUUUCUGUGGAAGAGAAAAGCAAAUAAGGUUUUGUGCUCGUGCAAGAAUAUUCUACUGAUAUCAAUCCCAAAUCCAAAAUGGCCUUCCGUUUCGUGAGUGCGUUGCUGCUUCUGGCCACGGUGGCCACCGCUCAGCUAUCCUUCCGAAACGAUCCGUCGCAAAAUAGCUUCCAGAUCCAGACACCCGGCUUCCAGCAGUCCUUCACGCGUUACUUCAACGGACAGCAGGGCAGUCUGUUCGCAGCUCAACAACAGCAGCAGCCGCAGCAAAGCCAACCGCAGUAUGCCCCCUUGCCACAAACCUACCACGGAAACUACUACGGACAGCAACAGCAGUUGCAGCAGCAGCAACAACAACAACAACAACAGCCCUACAGUAGAUUCACGUCGCAGUUUGGAGCGGCUCAGACCGGUGCCGAGCCGCAGUACACCACCGUUCAGGACAACUACAUCAAUCCGAACAUUCGGCUAGCGAUUCAGCAGCAGCGGUUGCAGCAGCAACAGCAGCAGCAACAACAGCAAUAUCAACCUCAAGCACAACAGCAGCAACAACAAUAUUACUCGCAGGAAGAUAUCGCGGCCUAUCUGCAGAGUCAACAGGUCGCACAAGCCCAGUACUACCCUCAACAGCCGCAACAACCGCAAGCAAAUCCACAGUCUCAGUAUGAGUACAUCCAGCAGCAGCAACAGCAGGCCUUGCAACAGCAACAACAACAACAGCAGUACGAUGCCAGCCAACAACAACAGCAACAGCAGGACCCAUCGGCCGCCACCGAUGCCCAGGCCACCCACAACAAGCUGAUCGGGGUGGCCUUCUCGCCCUCGAACGAAGUGUCCCAGGUCAAGUUCAACGGCAACGGCCUCAAGUACAACUUCUGAAGCAUACUGGCAGCCCUGGCCGUCAACUGUGUCUGUCUGCUGUUGUUCAACUUCUACCUGCGGCGGACGGCUGCCGAGCGGAAAGUUUGCGCCGUUUGAACGCGUGCGUGUGUUGGUUUGUUUGUUUGCAAUGUAGUAGCGCUAAUUUGUUCUAGGAAUGUUUAUAUUUAUUUGAAUUUUUAUCUUUCGGGUUCUUUGUCCGGAGCGUUCCUAUGGGAACGGUCGACCACAUGCCAGUUUGUUCGAAAAAAAAAAACGUAAUCCUCGAAUCAAUCGCAGGAGGCUGCCGCCCCGAGACGAGUUGAAAUAAAAGUUUUUUUUGUUGA